UAUCUUGAUCUCGAUAUAGGAUUGAGCGAAGAGAAUGUUCACAGGGUGACCAAGUCCGUGGUGAGCCAUGGAGUAGCUUUUAUUGCUGAAUUAAGAAGACUCCUUCUUAUUGAAGAUAUUGUUGAUUCUAUCAAAUUUGGUUUGUUUCUAUGGGUACUUACAUACAUCGGAGCUUGGUUCAAUGGCAUGACACUAAUCAUUAUUGGUUUGUUUUUCAUAUUUUGA